AUGUCUUUCCAAAUCUCUUUGUCUCCACGACCCCAACAUUCCCACUCCAAGGAUGGCUCCCGUGCGGGUCGGGAAAGGAAGAAGACGGUGUCCUUCAGCAGCAGUCUGUCAGAGAGGAAGAUCAGCAGCGCUGCAGAUUGCAUCCACUCCAUGGUCGAGGGCAGUGAACUCAGGAAGGUGCGUCCCAAUUCACGGGUCUACCAACGUUACUACCUGCUAGAUGCGGGGUUACAGGCUCUGUGCUGGGAGCCCUCCAAGAAGGAAUCGGACAAAGCCCGCAUCGCCCUCCCAUCCAUACGAGAGGUGCGGACGGGCCGCAACACGGAAACCUUCCGCACCAGUGGGGUGUAUGAUCAGAUCUCAGAGGACUGUGCAUUCUCCAUCAUCUACGGGGAAAUGUAUGAGAGUUUAGACCUGUUGGCCAACUCUGCUGAAGUGGCCAACAUCUGGGUAACUGGCCUCAGGUAUCUAAUGCAGUAUGGGAAGCAUGCCUUGGACAUGAUCGCCAGCAGUCAGGACAGCCUUCGUCUCAGCUGGUUGGAAGAGUUGUAUUCCUCUGUGGCUGAACCCAAUGGACAGGUGAACCUGGAGGACGGGAUUAGUUUACGAUCCGCUGUGGCGCUGAUACAGAGUGUGAACCCUGGGCUGAGCAGUGGCAAAGUGGAGCACAGGUUUAAAGAGCUUCAAAGAGUCAGGGAUAGGACCUGCUGUGCUAGGGCCGGCAGCGCGAUGCAGAACAGCGAAUCAGCGGUUAAAGACCACAAUGAAAACAAAAGACGGGGAGGGAGAAACGAGCGCGUGACCAAGCAGGAGUUUGCCGAAGUUUUCCAUGACCUCUGCACCCGCCCAGAGAUCUACUUCCUGUUGGUGCAGUUCUCUAGCAACAAGGAGUUCUUAGACACCAAAGACCUGAUGAGGUUCCUGGAGGCGGAGCAAGGUGUUGCUCAAGUGAGCGAGGAGACCAGCCUGGAGCUCAUCAGAUUGCAUGAGCCCUCAGAGGAGGGUCGCCAGCAGGGCUGCCUGUCAUUAGACGGCUUCACCAGCUACCUCACCUCAUCAGAGUGCCAUCUCUUUGACAGGGAACACGACACCGUGUGCCAGGACAUGCGCCAGCCGCUGUCUCACUACUACAUCAACUCGUCCCACAACACCUACCUCAUAGAGGACCAAUUUCGCGGUCCCUCUGACAUCUCUGGCUACAUUCGCGCUCUCAAGAUGGGCUGUCGGUGCGUGGAGCUGGACCUUUGGGAUGGCCCAGACGAGGAGCCAGUGGUUUACACCGGACACUCCCUCACUUCACCCCUGGUGCUUGCUUGUGUGCUGGAAGCAAUUGGAAAAUUUGCGUUUGUGGCGUCUGAGUAUCCGUUGAUUCUGUGCAUCGAGAACCACUGUUCACUUCAACAGCAGAAAGCAGUGCUGCAGCAUCUGGUGAGGAUACUCGGAGAAAAGUUAUACAUGGACCCCCCUGUCGAGGGGGAAUGGUACCUCCCAGCACCUCACUCCCUGAGAGGUCGGAUCCUUCUCAAGGGAAAGAAGUUGGGGUCAGAAUGGGAAGGAGAAGAGGACGAGGUGAGUGAGGAGGAUGAAGGGGCAGAAAUGUGCCAGCGGGUGAAGCUAACCAACAGCGGUGAGCGGGUGGGGGCUGGCCCCAGUGGAGCCGAGAGGGAGAUGGAGCAGAAAAGUCUCUCUAACACAGCAGUUUCCAACUCCAACCCCCCUUCUCACCCCAAACGGCUCCAACUACUGAAGGGGCUCUCUGACCUCGUAACUCUCUGCCAGUCCAUCCGCUUCAUUGACUUCCAGACGUCAUCCAAGAGCCAAAAGCCCUGGGAACUGUGUUCCUUCCACGAGUCCCUGGCUGAAUGUCUCGCUGGGGACAGCCCGGGUGACUUUGUCAACCACAACAAGCGUUUUCUGUCGCGUGUUUACCCCAGCCCCAUGCGUAUAGACUCCAGCAACAUGAACCCUCAGGACCUAUGGAAGUGCGGUUGUCAGAUCGUGGCCAUGAACUACCAGACAGCUGGCCUGAUGAUGGACCUGAACACCGCCUGGUUUCGACAAAAUGGGAACUGUGGCUACAUUCUACGGCCAGCCAUAAUGCGCCAGGAGGUGUCAUAUUUCAGUGCCGACACCAGGGACACAGUGCCUGGUGUGUCUCCACAGUUGCUCCAUGUCAAGGUGAUCAGUGGUCAGAACCUGCCAAAGCCCAGAGGGUCGGGGGCCAAAGGAGACAUCGUGGACCCUUACGUGUACGUGGAGAUUCACGGCAUCCCGGCCGACUGCUCCGAGCGCCGGACAAGGACCGUGACCCAGAACGGGGACAACCCCAUCUUCGACGAGAGCUUCGAGUUUCAGAUCAACCUGCCAGAGCUAGCCAUGGUUCGCUUUGUGGUACUGGAUGAUGAUUUCAUAGGGGAUGAGUUCAUAGGUCAGUACACCAUUCCUCUGGAGUGUCUCCAGCCGGGCUAUCGGUACGUACCACUCCAGUCCUUGACGGGGGAGGACCUCCCAUACGCCAGGCUAUUUGUUCACGUGGCCCUUACCAACCGCAGAGGAGGGGGUAAGCCUCAUAAAAGGGGCCUGUCUGUGCGGAAGGCCAGGAAGGGAAGGGACUACACUGCUCUGAGGGACCUGGGGGUCCGAGUUGUGGAUGAGGUUUUCAAGAUGGCCGCCACUCCACUGAGAGAAGCCACAGACCUAAGGGAGAACAUGCAGAACUCGGUGGCGUUGUUCAGGGAGCUGUGCGGGGUGUCGGCGGUGGCUAAUCUGAUGCAGUGCGUGCUGGCCUUGGGCUCGCGUGUUGCAGGUUCAGACGGGACCCCCUUGCUACUGUUUGAACUUCGGGACCACUACCCCGUCCUGGAGCCGCAGGGACCACUGCCUGAUGUCCUGCGCAGGGCAGUCGCCACCUAUGAAAUGAUGAUUCAGGAGAGCAGAGCUGUAAUAGAGUUCUCAGACGGGAUCUACGACAGGAUCCUGCACAUACAGUCAACAGCCAUGGAGUUCCAUGAGAGGCUGCAGAGUCUGGCCGAGAGGGAGGGCCUGAAAGGUCGCAAGGUCACUCGAGCGCUGGAGAGCUUCAGCUGGAACAUCACCAUCCUUAAGGGCCAGGCUGACCUGCUGAAGCUUGCCAAGGCUGAGGUGCAGGAGAACAUGAAGCAGGUCCACUAUGCCGCCCUGACCGCCAACCUGACCAAAGAGGGAUCAGGUGGAGGAGGGAUCGGAGGGAGGAGCAGCUCUCAACUGCGACACAGCCAGGAGCUAUCCGCCAGUCAGGAGAAACCCACCACCAUUGGAGGGGGGCCAUCAGCAUAGUGCCAAUCAAGCUUUGUUAAACACACAAAUUGGUAUACGCUGAGACACAAAAUAGUCCGCUGAUCAGUGCCCGGUGGCGGUUAAUAGAGUAGUAUGUCACUAGCAGAUAGCACUGCCAUAUUAAGACCCAGCCAUAUUGUCCUGGGGGGUGGGUGGGAGGUCAGAUUACGGGGAUGAAGACACCGCUGAACUGCUUCAGUAACUCUCCUGUGACAGAGCAUCUUCGAGGCAUUUCAGCAUGUAAUCUAUGGGACGAUUCGGUGUGUGAGGGUUUAGGUGUAGAAGCCACCGUGGCAGCCUUGGAGCUUGCUAUUUAUCGGGGCGCCCGGGCAUUUGCCCAUUUCUCAGAGGAAAAGGAAAAGGCAGUUGAUGAAUGGUGAAGAGUCACAGUGAAGCGAUGUGCCUCCAUCCAUCCACCCCAAG